AUGCGCACUAUCGUCUCAUUCGUUCUCCUCUCAAUCCUACCUGCGUUCGAGUGCUUGAACGAGGGAACUGUGGACUUGGCAUUUACCGAUUUCCAGCAUAAAUUCGGUAAAAAAUACGAGUCUAAGGAGGAAGAAAUGAAAAGGAAUGCCAUCUUCCAGGCCAAUCUCCAUCACAUCGAGCAAGUCAACGCUCAGAAUCUGUCUUACACGCUGGGUGUCAACGAGUAUGCGGACCUCACACACGAGGAGUUCGUCGCCCAGAAGGUCGGUAUUUUAAAGAUGGAUGCGAGGAGGGAUGUUAAGUUUGAUGUCGAAGGUAGGACCAGUUGUAUUUCGCAUGCCAGAUUGAGUCUCUUUGUGUCAGAUAAUGCCACAGAGCUCUCAGCCGGCGUGGAUUGGAGAGAUGCAACUGGCGAUGUAUUAACCCCGAUUAAGAAUCAAGGAGCCUGUGGAAGCUGCUGGGCUUUCUCAUCGACCGGUACUCUCGAGUCGCUGUAUGCCAUCGGCACGGGUCAGCUCCGGUCGUUCUCUGAGCAGCAGCUUGUCGAUUGCAGUAGAGGCUAUGGGACCGGUGGAUGUGCUGGAGGCUGGAUGUAUCAAGCUUUUGAUUAUGUGAGGGAUAAAGGGAUCGAUCUCGAGUUUACCUACCUUUAUGAAGGAAGUGACAAUACUUGCCAAAAGUGCCUUGAGAAACGAUCCGACGGCAUUAAGGCCGGGAUUGUUACUGGCUGGUCCCAGCUACAACAAACUGAGCAGGCUUUGAUGCUGAAGAUACAGAGGAGUCCAGUCUCCGUCGCCAUGUAUGCUUCGGAUCACGAUUUCCAAUUUUAUAGCGGUGGAAUAUACUCUGGUGACUGUAAUUAUCAGAUUGAUCACGCUGUUGUGAUGGUUGGUUAUGGCAGCGUAGUUGGAGGAGAUUAUUUCAUCGGCAGAAAUUCUUGGGGAACUUCCUGGGGUAUGGCUGGGUACUUUUACUUGAAGCGAGGAGUUUCCGGUUACGGUCAAUGCAGCAUACUCGAGUACAUGUAUGUUCCGAUUAUGAAGUUUCAUGAUAAGCUCCGGACCGGAACCUCCGGUAUAAGUCCCAGUAAAGAUCAGUAA